AUGAAUGUGACUUUACGACGGGGAAGCGGAGCUCACUGUGAUUUUACGCUUCUGCCACAGAGUCCACGUCAUGGCUUCUUCUCGUUCCGCCACCAAUACUUCAUAAUUGCAAGGACGAUUAGAGAGGCACAAUCUGCACCCCUUCAUUAUCUUUUCUUGGAAAGUUUCAAACAUCGUCAAUUUCGUGAGGAAGCCGGGUGA